AUGGUUAACUUAGAAAAAGGUUUGAAAGACUUGAAUAAAAAAAUUAAAGAUUUAUUACAAAGCAAAAAGAAAGCCGACGAUGAAAAUCAGUUGCUACACUCCUUUUUAUUGAAUGAAAUCGGUAGUAAUGAUUUAGAUAAUUUAAAAGAACUAUUAGCGGGACGAAAACUUACUGAGAUAUUAGCAGAAUUAU